CCUGCAGGUUACUAAUACAGAUUGUAUUGGAUUGGGUUCAAAGAAAUGAAAAAGCCGGGACAUAGUUUAUGUUAGAAACCAUUCAGUUUAUUCGAAGAAAUUGAAAAACCUAUAUGUUGAAGAGAAUUCGGUCAAUAGACUUAAUUUCAUAAUUUUAUAAGAUGUGCGAAAAACAUUUACAAAUCCAAAUAGUGUUAGUAGUUUUAUGUUUAGUAUUUAAAGGUCUGCUCGGUGUAGACGAUAGUAUUCUAUUUUCAGUAACGAGAGCGCCACGAUACUUUGGGAUACUUCAAGAUCAUCGUGGACAGCCUCUGUCAGUGGAAGUAUCUGAAGAAUAUAUGGAUCAAGAUUACAUAGCUACUAACAGAAAACGACACAAAAUCAAUUGGAACAAGAACCCGUUGGACAUUGAUGAUUUCGAUGACGAUGAGACCGAGGAAUUAUUUGAUGAUAAAGAUAAGGACGUCAAAUUAUCAAACAAAUAUAAUCUACAAGCUGGACCCGUCUAGAUUUAAGUAAAUAAUGAACUUGAAUUAAAUGUGAAAAUAAAACGAUAUUAUUUUUAUUAA